AUGCAAUGUCAGAGGCGAGGACGUGAGACAGCAGUCGAAGGUGCUUUCUUAGCCACAAGUUUGUUGUGUGAUGCGGCUUGGGAGGCAACAGAGCAGUUAGAUCUGAAAGAGAUCGAGGGUGCUGCGCAGCCUUUUGAGCCGCUAUUCAAGCUGUUGGAUGGAUUGUAUCAGUAUGAGGACAUGGUAGAGGUGCCCAACAGAUGUGAGGAAUUUUUCCAGGAGUUUUCACGCAGCAAAGGCGAAGAGAUGCAAGGCUAUUUGAUCAGGCAUGCCACCAUGAUGAAGAAGAUGAAAGAGGUGAAGGUGGAGAUACCACCUUUGUUGGCAGGCUGGCACUUGAUGACAAGGGCUGGCAUUCCGAAAUGGACACAUGUCCAGAUCAAAGCACUUUGCUCAGGAGAUCUGGCGUAUGACAAGGUGUCGAACGCGCUCAUGAAGAUGUUCGGCGCUGAUCACAAGCCGAAUCCGAAAGACUUGGUCAGGUCAGGCAAGGAGGAGAACUUCUAUGCCGAGUUUGAUGAUGAGGGUGCGUACGAUCAUGAGGAUGAGUAUGCAGCCGAAUGGGACGAUGCGUUCUAUGAAGAGGAAGAUGCAUAUUAUGAAGAGGACGAAGAUGAUGUCGUCCCAUCAGACUUGGAGCUGGCGGCUGACCAGACGGAGGAGGCUUACAUCAGCUACGUGGAGUCCAGGCGAAGGAUGAAAGAGCUGGCACUGAACAGGGGCUUCUAUCCCAUCGUAGCUCUUGGUCCAGAUGUGAUUGGUGGACGUGGAAAAGGAGAUGGAAGAAGUUCAAAAGGAAAAGGCAAAGGGAAAGGAUUCAAAGGCAAAGGAAAGAGCAAGGGUCCACCUAUGAGAAGAACGCCCAUGAACAGGAGACCUAUGUCGGGAUUGCGGCGUCCAACGAGUGCAGCGCCCAGCAGUUCAGGUGCAAGUGCUCCUGACAUCAAGUCAACGUUGAGCGGAUCCACAGCAAGUCAUGGACCAAGGUUCAAGAGGUACCGCAUGGCGAGCAAUGGAGUCAAGGAGGUGCCCGAAGAGAGCAUUUCGAUGGUCGAGGAAGAGCUCAAGGUGGAAGAAUGCUUGUACUCAGACAGUGGUGCAGGCAUGGCGAUCAUCGAUUCAGGCGCAACUCGAACCAUUGCAGGUGAAGAAGUUUGGAAAGGAUGGAUUGAAGAAGCAAGCCGACGAGAGUUGGGGCUGAAUGUCAGCACACAUCAAGUCAUUCGUGACUUCAAGUUUGGCGAUGGUGGUGUAGCACGAUCGCACUAUGAGGUGGAAUUUGACGCGGGCAUCCGCGGACAAGUCAAGAGGAUCAGAGCUUCGAUCAUUGCAGGUCGAACACCCUUUUUGUUGGCGAGACCGACCUUGGAAGAGCUGGGCAUGAAGCAGGACUUUGGCACAGGAGAAGUGAGUGUGGCAGGGUCAAAAUGGUUCCAGCCAGAACGAGGUCACAAAGGUCACUACAUGCUGAACUUGUUCGACUACAAGGAGGAAGAUGACGAGAAUUGGGUGCAUUGCGUCUCUGAGGAAGGCACAAAGUUUUGGGAUGAUGAGCGAAACCCCGCAUGGAUGAUCGAGCCAGUCAUGGAGAAAGAAGUGGGGCUGGUGGAUGAAGAGGAUCAUCCAGGCGAACUUGAGAUUGUCGAUGCAGAGGUCAUGAACAUCAUCGACAAGACUGUCAAUGCAGCGUUGAAAGGCCGUGAGCUGAAAUUUUGGGAAGUUUAUGUGGAUCAGGGAAGCCUGGCAUCACAUAUCGCCAGAAAAUACCCUGAUGUGACAGUCUCCACUUUCAGUUUGCCAGAGUGGGACUUCAGCCGUGAGGAUGUACGGUUGAGGUUCAAUCAGCUCAUCAUUGAAGAGAAGCCACACUUCAUAUGGUACGCUCCACCUUGCACAAAAUGGAGCCCAAUGCAGAGAAUUAACGUGAAGUGCGAGGAGGAUGCAGAGAAGUUGGAGGCACAGCGACAUGCAGAAGAGAAGAGUCAUUUGGAGAUGGUUUCAAAUGGUUUUGAGGAAUGCAAGGCAAUCGAUGCCGCAGCAGCGAUGGAGCAUCCAGACCCUGCGGAAUCUUGGAAGACGCAGACCAUGGAAGCCAUGAAGGGAUACUAUGAAGCAGUAGUCCAUAGGUGCCAGACUGGUUUGGUCUACGUUCACAACGGAAGAGUUGUGGGCAAAGUCAGAAAGAGAACCAGAAUCAGAACCAAUUCGCUGAGGCUUGCAGAGGCAAUGUGCAUCGAGUGCCGGUGCAUAGAGCCACAUGUCCAAAUGAUUGGGAAGUCAGCUGCCUUGAAACAGAUGCAGAACUACGAGGCUGGUUUUGUCGCUGUGGCAGCACCAGAGAUCUAUGCUGAGAUGGAGAACAUGUGGAGAAAGAGACAGAUUGUAGAAAUCAUGGUGGCUGAAGAGAUGGAUGUGGAAGCAGCAAUGCAAGAGAGCGAUGCAGUGAAGGAGGAGGACUGGAAGAAUGCCAAGGCGGUUGUGCAACAGGCCAAGGCAUACAAGUGUGACAUUUGCGAGUCACACAAGACAAAGCCGUUGGAGAAACCAGCAGCUUUGAAGCAGUCGUCCUACUUCAAUGAGGUUAUUGAGAUGGACACCUUCCACAUCAGGUGGGGUGAUGUCAAACACAAAGUUUUGGCCAUCAUUGACACUUACUCUCACUUUGAGACCAAUGCCAUCAUCCAAAGCGAGUCCAUGGAGGAAGAGAUUGACAUUUUGAAGAAGCAGUGGAUUGCUUGGGCUGGCAGACCAAAGGUCAUCAAGGCAGAUUCCUCAGGCGCUCACAUGUCCGAGUUCUUUCAAAGUUGGUGUGAUGAGCGGGGCAUCCGUUUGAUGCUCAUUCCAAAGGAGGCUCACCAUCAGCUAGGCCUCGUUGAGCGACUGCAUGCCGUCCGACGACAGCAGUUGAUAAAAAUGAAAGAUGAAAAGACGGACCUCACCAUUGAGGAUGCAGUCCUUCAUGCAUGCGAGCAAAGGAAUCGCUUGAGAACAGUCCAUGGUGCUUCCCCUUCAGCUUUGGUGUUUGGGCACACGCCCAAUCAGUCCGGCAUCUCAGAUGAGCCGCAUGGUGUUCGUCCAGACGGACCUCCGCGUCAGAUGGAGGACAACGAAGUCAGAAUCCUGGCUGCCAAGGCCUUCUAUGCAGCCAACAAUAGCACAAAAGUGCGACGCGCCCUUCUGGCGCGUAGUCGUGCCGAGCACGAAGUCCUGGAAGUUGGGGACUAUGCCUAUUACUGGCGCACUGGCAAUGACAAGUUGGAGCACUCCCGAUGGCGUGGACCUGCACUCAUUUGCGCCAUUGAAAGUCGUGAGACAGCUGAAGGGUCACGUCGACCCACUGUCUAUUGGCUUGCCCAUGGCGCUUCUUUGGUGCGGUCUGCCCCAGAACAUGUCAGAUUGGAGGUGAGCAGUGAGCGCGCUGCCCGUUUGGAAACUAUGCCACAAACAGCCACCAGAUUGCCCUUACAUCAGCAACUCACUCAGGCUCUUCAACCAGUCCGAGGUCCCAUUCGAUUUUUAGACUUGGGGCCCGGCCCACUCAAUUCUAACGCAAGAGGUGUGGGAUCUGCUGGCGUCUCGGGUCUGGAGGAGAGACCUGAUGAGGACACUGCCCAUCUCCGUGGCGUGGACGUGGUCCCCACGGGGGCGGGAUCUGUGGCCUCCCCGGAGAGGCCGGGUGAUCAAGCUGCCCAACCCUCAAAGCGUAAGAAGAAAGAAUCACUCAUGCAGAAACAACAGCAAAAGAGUGAGGAGCGACAAGAGCAGAAUGAAGUGAAGAAGUCGGCGCUGAAAGCAGAGACAGAGACACAGUUGCAAGAGGCACAACAAGAGGAUGUGAAAGCGGCUGAGCGAGAUCAAGCCGCCAAUGAGGAAGGGCUGCCCCAGCAGGUGCAGUCGAAAGAAGAAACAAGUGAAAGACGUAGGGACAGAUCACGGAGCCCCGUGCCGAUCGACAUCAUCAGAAGGUCGCAUGAGGCCGCCAGAGUCUUGGAUGGUUUGCCGAGAAAGUCAAAGGCGACAGAGGAGCAACUCAGAAAAGGGAACCAGUGGACAGAGGGCCUUGAAGAUGAGGAGAUGUUGGCUGAGGAGUUUGAUGAGAAGAGGUUGACGGAGGAGCAGAGAAGGAUGUUUGAUGAAGCAAAGGACAAGGCAUUGAUGGUUUGGAUUGAGAACUCAGCUUGGAAGGCAGUUCAAGAGAGCGAGGCCAGAGAAGGUGAAGUUGUUCCAGCCAGGUUUUUGCAAAGAUGGAAGAAGACUGAGGCAUCUGUGGCAAACCCCACAGUGUCGGACUUGAGUGAAGCAAACAAAGGCUUGAGAUUCAUGAAAGAUGUGGGGAAGGACUACAAGCUCCAAAUCCACAACCAUGGAAGCCUGGAGUCACUUCGCUUUGGUGUCUAUGCGGACGCAGCGUGGGCCGUCCGCCCUGAUGACACGAGCCAAGGAGGAUACAUCAUUUUCAUUGCGUCCAAGGAGGAGAUCAACGAAGGCCGAGCCAUGAAGCUCUCAGUUUUGGAUUGGGCGUCUCGGAAGCUUGCACGCGUCUGUCGGUCGUCAUUGGCCGCGGAAGCACAGUCAGCAUCCGUGGCAGUUGAUGCCUUGGAGUGGUUGAGAAUUUGUUGGUCAUUGAUGCUUUGGCCGACCAUCUCCUAUGAAGAUGAUUCGGUGUUGCAAAGCACAGGUGAAUCACCGGUGUUGACUGACGCAAAGGCCUUGUUUGACUCGGUGAACAGCCUCACUCAGAACAAGGCGAGCGAUCUACGCACAUCGAUCGAAAUCAGCAUCAUCAGAGAUCGUCUGCAAGCCAUGAUGUCCAAGAUGAAAUGGGUGAACAGUGGACAGCAAUUAGCUGAUGGAUUGACCAAGAGGCAGGCGAGAGAGCAGUUUGCCUAUCUUCUGCAGCGCGGGGUGCACCGCUUGGUGUACGAUGAAAGUUUCGUUGCAGACAAGAAGGUUGGAAAAGAUGUGAAAGAAAGACAGCAUGCAGAGAUGGAAAAGUUAGCAAAAGAAAUGUUUGAGGGCCAUGUUUUUGCGGUUGAGGAUGAGAAAAGCGAGCGUGGAAAGUGUGCUUUGAAGGGAUGCGAAAAGAAAAUUGAUUUGACAGAAGGAAAGAACCAGUUUUGCAGCAGGAGACAUUAUUAUUUGAAUUUGCACAGAAAACAAAGCUGUGGUGACCCAUGGAAAAAGGCAGCAAUGCAUGCAGUUGCGAUCAUCGCAGCAGAGUCAGUGACUAGCGCUGAGGCAGCAAUCACAGAGAAAGAGGAUGAGCAGUUUUGGACAUUCACCAUGACGUUUGCUGUGAUCAUCAUUUUUGCGUUUAUUGGUGCUUUUGGGGUCAUCAUCAAGAUUAAGGGUGUUCUUGUGUAUUUCAGUGCAGUCUUGUCAAAGUUCUUUGCAUUUUCACGGAAUGACAUCGCUUUUCAGAAUGAGCCAACUCUUGUGAAUGAUCAGGUUUUUGAAGAGAUCUACGCAUCACGAAGCCAUGGCGCGGCGGUGCGUGUGCGCGAUGCUGGAACUGGAUCGGCAGAGGCUGAGCCCAUGCGUUGCGACGCGAGCGUAGGCAGCAGCGACACUGACCAUUCACCCAAGUCAGUGCAGGCAACUGAUGGUCCAGAUGCAAUUCAGUGCAAGCACUUGCGCGUCAACUGGCAAGGGACGAAUGGAGUGCAGUGGAAAUGGACAUGCUUGGAUUGUUUGGCAUUCCAAGUUGUGAAGAAAGGAGAAGGAGUGAGCAAGCCAGUGCCAGCUGUCUCAGGUGUGAAAGCGCCAAUGCGAGAUGAGUGGAAGAAGCGAAUGGAGAGAAUGUUUGAUGAGGGCAUGAUCGUAGACAAAAUCAUUCAGACACCAUUGACGUUUGACCGUCAGGGACACAGACCUGGAUGGAUGUAUGUGAGAGAGGGGGUGCACGGUGCGUUCAAACAUUUGAGCGCUUUUCAGGAUCGAGUGUGA